AUGGGAGAUGAGAUAACCCAGGAAAAGAGCGAAGAAGCAAGCACAGCAGAAACUACACAGACAAGCCUAUAUGGCGAGAGUGACAUUAUCCAAGAAGAAAGGAACAUAAUCCGUGUGAAGGUUCAACAGAAAAAGGGGACAAAAAAGGUAACCAUCAUCGAAAACAUACCAGGGGAGCUUAGAGAGAGCCUAUUAUCCUCUCUCAAAAAAGAAAUGGGUUGUGGCGGAAUACUACUUGAUGAUAAAUCAUCAAUCCAGCUGCAAGGAGAUAAGACAAAUAUGGGGAUUGUCGGCUACCUAAAGAGAUACAUCAAGGACUGCAGGGUCGAGUUGAAUGGAAAAGUCAGAUGA